GGAAGGAAGCUUGAUGGAAACCAUUUUUUAUCAUAAUUAUCGUAGGAAUACUUAAGAUACAUUCAUAGACAAACAGCAAACUUAAAAAAAAACACUUCAACACAAACACAAAAAAAACAUUGCAAAGAAGCUGCGUUGGUUUCGAUAAUCGGAUUAUUGUUGCACAGAAACAUUUGGAAUGCAUACUAAGGUCCAACAAUGGAGAUUGAAGACGUUACAAAAAUGGUAUUUAAACCCUACUUAAUGAAGUUUGAAGAAGGUUACGUUCUGCGGUGACGUUCCUGUCGAUUUGUUCAGUAUUUUGAUUUUCCCUUCCGACACAAUAUUGUGCUGCAGGAAAAUGCUUUUGUUAGAGAACCUUACACCGAGGCGUUUGGAGGAGGUAAAUGGUCGAUUGGAUUUUUGGGGAUUUUUCUCUCAUUUUUUUCAUUUUGUCAACUCAUGUGAACCACUAACGAUCAUAUCAGCGUACGGAUGCGGCGGAUUAGUAGAGUGUAGUACCACUCUCCAAGGACAUCCAACAACACCAGCCACGCCACCAGAGUCAGUCGUGAAAUCGCAAACCACAGUAACAUAAUUGCCGUCCAAAUUGCCCACAGUAAAGCAAUUCUUAACGCUAAAUGCAACCAAUGCAAACCCAUUAGGCAGCAUGCAGACAAGGCUAGAGGAGGAGAAGGAAGUGGAGUAGGAAGAGAAGAAGGAAUGCGUGACCAAUGUCCCUCAAGCGCACCGCAUGGGAGUACAUCAGGUUGGUGCAAAGCAAUUUCGUUUGCUGCUUUUACUGCUGCUAUCGCAGUCACAUGCAGUGAUGGUGUCUGACCCGCAAACAGCAUCACAGACCAGCGCUCGUGGUCCCAGGGAAGCUGUUCUCAUCAAGCAAUAUUUGUUAAAAAAUAUACACUGUGUUGAUGAGCGAAGGGGGUUCACCGCGACAGAUGUGGAAGAGGGAAGUCGAGGAUCAAGAAUUAAAAAAACCCGCGCAUCAGCUACUUAAGCGAAGCUUUAAAAGGCACUUUUUUCCUCUUUCUUGCGGACACCCAAAUUAACUUCAACUGCUUCAGCAAAGCGCACCGAUCGUUUACCAUUCGUUGCCUAUUUUCGCAUUCUUGUUUUUAUCUCGAAAACAUCUCGAGAAGUCCACCGGGGACACCUAGUUCUCUACGUUGACGUGCACAUCGAUCGGUCGAUGCGGGCGGCAAUGGUGCUGAUUCUAUUGCCCAAACCGGAGCGCUCCAGAGAAGUGUGCGCCACUCAGCUCAGUAGAGAAUCUAGUGUUGUCCCCCUAUCCUAGCGUUUGAAGCGCUUUCCCAAUGGUGGCACGAUUCGGUAUCGAGGAAUGGAGGAUUUGGGUUUACUGAACUCUACAAUCUUGAAGCUACCGAGCGCAUGAUGUACUAUGUUUUGUGUAUCUCGUUUAAGAAAAGGCUAACAUAUUAUUUAUUUAAAUCAAAAAGCAAACCGACGAAACGUUAAAAUUCUCAGCAAAAUUAGAAUUGCCACCGAUAUUCAGCCUUUUUCUGUGUAAUAACCAAUCCUGGUCCGCCCUCCCGUUCCUACUACUAAAUACUUAUUGCGUGAGUUUCGCUCCGAUUGCCAGUCGUUGGUUAGAGUUUAGCAGUAGAGCUACCUAGCUUAGCAUGUCCACCAGUUACUACGAAUGCGGUUCGGUCGUGCCUCGUUGUCGCUGGUGACCUGACUCCGGUUCGAACGAUUGUAAAUUGUGAGCUAGAAAAAUGCUAGAUAUUGUGCAUUCAUUGAAGCUUUCAGGCGCGCAGGAAGGGUUAGUAUCCAUUUGUCUUUUGCCGCUAGCAGACCCUCACUAGCAGAGGGAUUUUGCGAGGAAGGUGUGAAGGAAGAAAAGGGCGAAGCGGAACGCCCGCGCUGAAUGAGAAAACAUGUGACCGAAAAAUGCAAAAUAAAAAGAAAAAUCAACCAACCAGAAUUC